ACCCCGAGAUCCCGCCUCUCCCCGCAGGCCUUCAUGAGCAGCUUCUCCCGGGCUCUGGCGAUGGAAUAUCAGGCUUCGGGAGUCAUCGUGCAGACCGUCACCCCUCUGGUCGUCUCCUCCAACCUCUCUGGGGUCCCCCCUGUGAGACUCCUGGUGAAGUCGCCCGACGACUUUGUGCGAGAGGCCCUGGACACGGUGGGCGUCUCUGACCACACCUCGGGGUGCCUCCUGCACUUUGUCCAGAGCCUGCUGCUGCGGCCCAUCUACGCGCUCAGCGUCCUUCUGCUCCAGGCCGCCCUGCUCUGGAAGUCUCUGCUGGCGCCCCUCCGCCGGCCAUUCGGGAGAGCCUGAGGAAGCCCCGGGGAGGGGGAGGGGCCCUGGCGGGGG